AGCGGCAAUCGGUGACAUAACCGGGAUCUGUCAAACUGGUCUCGCCCAUUUGUAAUUUUGUGUUUCUCCCGAUGUUCGCCAGUCAAAUUCCUAUUGUUUUGUUCAAAUUCGGGCGAUAAUUACGGUUUUCGGUAGUUAAUACGUGGUGCUUCGAUUGUGUCGCUCCAGUGCUCCUCUAAAGUGCCCCCGUACCCUUAAUUUUUCCAGCUAAACAAUGGGCAAAACCUUUUGCCAAUCCUGCAGAAAAAAAUGUUCAGGAGAGGUCCUCCGGGUCCAAGACAAGUACUUUCACACGAGCUGCUUCAAAUGUAAAGUGUGCAGCUCCUCGUUGGCCCAAGGGGGCUUCUUUAGCAAGGACGGCGCUUACUAUUGUACCGCCGACUAUCAGAAGAAUUUUGGAACCAAGUGUGCUUCAUGCGGUGAUUAUGUUGAGGGAGAAGUUGUUACCGCGUUAGGAAAGACCUACCACCAAAAGUGUUUUACCUGUGCCAGGUGCAGGCAGCCUUUCCCUUCCGGUGAAAAAGUUACCUACACUGGUAAAGAGGUGCUUUGCCAGAAAUGUGUGCAGAUCCCUGUACGAAAUUCCACCCCUAAAAGCACUCCUACCACCUCCAGUCCAUCAACAAACGGUAACUCACUUAUUUGGGGCGUUAAUAAUAAACACCUUAUUCACGUCCUUUCUUCGAUAGAGUGUGCUGGCUGCAGGGAAGACCUGAAAGAAGGUCAAGUACUGGUGGCUCUGGAUAAAAGCUGGCAUAUAUGGUGCUUCAAAUGUCACCGCUGCGACACGGUACUACAUGGCGAGUAUAUGGGGAAAGAUGGAGUACCUUAUUGCGAAAGGGAUUACCAGGAGCAGUUCGGAGUCAAGUGUGCCUACUGUAAUCGCUAUAUUAGCGGUAAAGUUUUGCAGGCCGGUGAUAACCAUCAUUUCCACCCCACUUGCGCCCGAUGUUCGAAAUGCGGAGAUCCCUUCGGAGAUGGCGAGGAAAUGUAUUUGCAGGGCGGUGCCGUAUGGCAUCCGAGAUGCGGUCCCGGUCCUCAGACCGAAGACGGAAGAAUCCUCAAUGGACCGCAAGAAAACGGAAACGUCACCGAUACGGAUGUUAGUACAAAAGAUUACGAUAGACAUAGUACUAGCGGCGCUAGCGAGUUGCAAUUUUCAAUGAGAUCCCGCACUCCUAGCUUAAAUGGAUCACUGUAUAGUCCCACAAGCAUGCACAGAAAGCAUUACAGCCACACCACGUACAGAACCCCAUCACCAGGACUAAUCCUGCGAGACUACAGCAAAUCCGGCACGAUAGCCGACGACAUCUCUCGGAUACACACGUACAGUUACCUCACCGACGAGCCCACUUUAGGAUAUUUAAAGAAACCGAUCGAGCCUUACGAUAGGCCGCCCCAUUUCUCUCCUCACUUUCACCGACCUACUUCACAAAAUUCGUUAAGAUCGUCAACUGGGGCCGGCGGUAAACGUUCCGGUUCCAGAUCGGCAAUGAAGGUUUUGGUCGAUUCGAUCCGUAGCGAGACCCCGCGACCCAAAUCUCCCCACAUGAACAACGAGGAGCCGAUAGAACUGAGCCACUAUCCGGGGGCGAAGCCUCCACAGCCCGGAGAGCCUCCGAAGAUCGAAAGAGAUGAUUUUCCGGCCCCGCCUUAUCCCUAUACUGAUCCAGAACGUAGGAAGAGAUGGUCGGAUUCUUAUAAAGGUGUACCGGCGGACUCCGACGAGGACGAGCUAGACGGCCUAACCGAGAAGGAAAUUAAGGAUAUCAAGCUGAAAAAGGAGGAAGAGGAGUUGAGCAAACUGGGCAGCGGCAUCGGAAAAGUGUUUUUGAAGAACGUGAAGGAACGGGAGAAGUUUAAGCAAUGGAAGGCGUCUAAUUUGGAUCCUAGGAACGCGUCUAGAACUCCGUCGGCCAACAAAGAACCGACAUAUCGGCUGCGUUACGACAAUCCGAUAGGAGCGAGUCCGUCGCGGAACUUGGAUCAUUCGAGGCCUUUUGACGACGAAGAGUUCGACAGAUCAUUGAGCUGUAGAUCGUCGUCCAUGAGCAGGCCGUCCGGCUGGAACUACAACGUAGUGUCGUCCUUAAGAAAUGUACCGAGACCUGGUUACGGAUUAAAAGCCAAUACCUUGCCCACUGGAAAUGGAUACGGAGGCGACUAUUCGUUUGCCGGGAUGGGCGUAAAAACCCACAGCACCGAUUUUAGCUCGGGAAAGUCUGAUAUUUCAACGGGAUCCAUCACGGAUGUGGAGGCGCGAAUGCACUCGGAACUGGGACCAGUGUCGUACGCGGUGGGUCGUUACGGGCUCCCAGGGAGUUACGGGGGAUCCCACGUGAGACGCAGCCUCCCCAACAUGGCCCAUCAAAUGCUAAUAAACGAGCCGGCGAAGAUUUACCCUUACCAUCUGCUCCUCACUACCAAUUAUCGACUUCCGGCGGAUGUUGAUAGGCAUAAUCUAGAGCGCCAUCUUUCGGACCAAGAAUUCGAGGCGAUCUUCCAGGUGCCCAGGGCGGACUUUUAUAGGUUACCCCAGUGGCGUAGAAACGAAUUGAAACGUAGGGCGCGAUUGUUCUAAUAUAACUUAAUCGUUUCUAGUUAAGUAGUAAACAAAAGUUAAUAAAUUGACUGCUGGGCCACCUACGGUACAGAAAUGACGGAAUAUUAAAAAAAUAUACCGGGUAGUGCGUCGCCGAGCGGAACAUAGGAAAUCACAUGUAAAUUUUAAGGGGGUCAAUUAUUGGCUUCCCUGUACAUUUUAUAGAAAAUAUGUAAGAUAACUUUUUGAAGAGACCAAUCUGGCAAACCCUCGUGCAAAGUUUAAAAAAAUUUUAAUAAGCGAAUCUUAAAUUAUUCAAUUAAAUGUAAUUCCAAAAUUACCAAAUUUUUGGUUCAAGUAAAACCAGAUACCAGCCACCAACAAACAAUUUGUUAUAAGGCUUUGUCAAAUCUGACGUACAGCCGAAUACAAGAAAUGUAUUUUUUUGUCGUUUUAUCAAUUUCACAACCAUACAUUCAAAGUAAGACACGUUAACAUUACUUUUUUAUCUAAACUUUUAUUUAAUAUAACGAUGAAGUUAUAUUAAAUAUUUAUAUCUAUUUUUUCGUCGAUUGAAUAAUUCACACUUGUUUUCAAAUAUCGACUGUCACUGAUUUAUUGACACUUUUCCUCACGUCAGUGACAAUAUUCAUUUUACUGGUGCCCGUUUGGUUUUACCUGAACCGAAAAUUUGGUCAUUUUGCAAUUACACUUAAUUGAAUAAUUCAAGAUUCGCUCAUUAAAAUUUUUUGAAACUUUGCACGAGGGUUUCCAAAUUGGUCUCUUCAAAAAGUUAUCUAACAUUUUUUCUAUAAAAUGUGCAGGGAAGCCAAUAAUUGACCCCUUAAAAUUUACAUGGGUUUUCGAAUGUUCCGCUCGGCGAUGCACCACCCGGUAUCUAUGAUAUUUGAUUAAGUAUAGACUAGCAAGGGGGUGGCCCUUGGUACAAACUGAACUCCUUGCCCAGUUGAGACCAGUGUUUGUGUUUAACAUACUCACAUUUUAAACUAUUAACGAUCGCAGCCGAGUUUGAUAUAGCUUCAGAUAUUCCACGGUGCAGCUUUAUACUAGUUGUAAGAAUUAAACUCUUUUUUUUCUGUAUUAACUGUUACAGAAAUAACGGAUACAUUUUAUAUUUGUUGACAAAAUGUCUAAUUUUGUAAAUUGAUGAUUCCAGUCGGCAGAAACUCACUAGUUAAAAUCCAAACAUAUGUAGAUACUUCUACAUAUGUUUUUAAUAAAAAUUCGCACUUAAGGGUCAAAUUUUCUUUCUAAACAAGGAAAACUGUUGUAUGUGAGCUGCCGACUAGUUUAAAAAAUACUUUUUUGUUAAUACUGUUAAGAGCCUAAUUUCUUUAGCAUCUAUGGACGUUAACUGUCUUUCUAUUAAGUAAUUUUGGCAUUUACUCGUUUAUAUUUUUUUUGGUGUUAGAAAAAUUACUUAGGGGUGCUAUUAAGCCAUUUAAAAAUUUAGUUUUGAUGCCGUUUCUUUAGUUCCUUAAAUAUUAAUUAUCUAUAAGCAGCUUUUUAUGUAAUAACUACUAUUGCAGCUAGUAAAGGUUGUUUCACAAAGUUUAAUCAAAAUAAUGUAUUUAAAAAAAAAGGAAGAAAAAAAAAGACACUUUCCACCGAGCUACUUUUUCCCUAAUUAAUGAAUUUAUUGGUAGCAAAUAGGUUUAUUUUUAAAUUUAGGCAAUAAUUACAUAAUGUAGAUGCUUUAGAGAGCUUUGAAUUGACUAGUCUUCGAUUUAACCGUAAAGUUUUAUAAUUUUCAUUACAGGUAAAAUUAUAAACCUUUAAUGUUAUUUUCCAAAUGAAAGCUUAUAUUUUUAUAUCUUUUUAAAGCCAGGUGCACUAACUUCUUGCGGUUUAUCUGUUCGUUUAAAAGAGAUAUAAGUCAUAAAUAUGUCCUUCUCCUUGUUUAUAAUAUAUGACUAUUUAAAGGAAAGGUUAUUUGUGAAGGUGGUAAAUUUGCAUUUAAUGCCUACUUAGGUGUAUUUAUACGUCACGAGAUGUAAAAAUGUGUUCUAUAUAUAUUAUGUAUUUUAUUUCGUUUAUUUACUCUUUGUCUUCUGUUGAUUUUUUUCUGUAUUAAAAACUUACUUUACUCUUA